UUAAGCCUGUUUGCCCUAAGGGCGGCUCUCGGAGGUUCUGAAUUAACGUUAUUUCGGUUCCCAACAGUAAAGGGGCUUUUCUGGCCUGCAACUGAAAACAUGGCGGCGGAGGAGGAGGUGCUGGCCGAACUGGAAGCGUUAGACGCCGUCUAUGGAGGCGAUUGUACCAUCCUCGACAAUUACCCGCCGGUUUUUCAUCUUCGUAUCAAGCCCCGAACCGCCGAUGUCACUUCUCAACAGUUUGUGGAAGCAACCAUAAGCAUUCAGGCAGGUCCUAAGUAUCCUGAUGAGCCACCAUGCGUAAGUAUGGUUGACUCCAAGGGUCUUGAUGAGCAAAGGCAAAAGAAUUUGACUAGUUGGACAUCAGAAAAGGCCAAUGAACUGUCCUCAUGUCUAAUGCUUGUUUCACUCUGUGAGGAAGCAGUGGAAAGGCUUUCUAGCAUGAAUCACCCUGAUGGGGAUUGUCCAUUGUGUUUGUAUCCAUUGGUUGAUGAAGCCACAGGAAAAAGUUCUUUCCCCUUUAUGAAGUUGAUGUCAUGUUUUCACUGCUUUCAUUGUGAUUGCAUUAUUAGAUGGUGGAAUUGGCUACAACUUCAAAAAGAAAGAGAUGUUACUAACAUCUUGGGCUCUUCCUUUGCAUCCUCUAGCAAGAAAGACGUUCAACAAGAGGAUAGUAAGGGAAAUUGCCCGGUUUGUCGCAAAGUUUUCACUGCCAAGGAUAUAGAGCACGUGCGUGACAUGGUGGAAAUGCAAUCACAUUCGAUAUCCGAGCAAGUAGAAUCAAACAACGAUGGGGAUGAUGAUGUGAUUGUUCUACAUUCGGAUUCUGAGAACAUCAGGAGGGAGAAAUUUGAUGCUAUCCUGAAAGCUCAGGAACAGAAGGGCGGGCUAAUUGAAGAAGGCAAAACACAUGAAGUAGUUCUUCGUCCCGGCCUGUAUCUUCCCCAGGGAUCAUCAGCAGCAGUGGACGCGAAAAAAGAACCAGACAACCAACAAACUGGAAGUUCUCAUCAAUCGACUUCAUCAAGUCUCCCUGCAACCAUCUCCACAAACAGGUACUCCACCAGCAGGAGAAAGCCCAAGGGGCAAAAUCCAAGAACCCAAGUUAGACAGUGGGUCAAGAAAGAAAACACUUGAUGCUAUGCUAGAAGUUUUUGUCGUGCGGAUUGGGCCGGUCUGAAGCCAGCAGAUAUCCAUGCGGGAAGGGGUUGGACUUCAAUUGUUAUGCCUGACAUACGAGCCGGGCUGGACUUGGACCUAGAAAAAUCUCGUAAUGUAACUUCUCAGGCUGGCCUCAAACCCGGCCCUCCUCGCACUUUGAUCAGGAGAUAAAGAAAAAUGAACCACAUAAAGUUUGCCCAGUUUUAAAUUAAUGGUAUGUUUGGGAACAUGGAUUUGGAUUUCAAAUCCGGAUUUGACUUAAAUUCCAUGUUUGGGAAACUUAAGCAUUUUGAAUUUGGAUUUGAAUCAAAUUCUUUACAUUCAAAACCAAGCUUAAUUUGAAAUCCAUGCACCUCCCCUUGUCAUUUGAAAUUCAGGAUUUCAAAUUUUGGAUUUGAAAUGCAUGAAUUGAAAUGAAAUGCUAGUUGCCAAACACUACAGGAAAAAAAAACAUUGCAGCUGUACAUNCCACAUAAAGUUUGCCCAGUUUUAAAUUAAUGGUAUGUUUGGGAACAUGGAUUUGGAUUUCAAAUCCGGAUUUGACUUAAAUUCCAUGUUUGGGAAACUUAAGCAUUUUGAAUUUGGAUUUGAAUCAAAUUCUUUACAUUCAAAACCAAGCUUAAUUUGAAAUCCAUGCACCUC